CGGCCCCGCCCCCGACCGGCGGCGGCUGCGGCGGCCCAGCGCGGCAGUCGGCGCUGCGAAGUGGAGGCGCUGCGAGCGGAGCCGCGCGGAGGGCGCGACCGGCGGGUCCGGGCAGCGUGGGUUUGCCGCCUUCGGGGUUCCAGUCCGCGCGCCAGGGCUCGAGCAGCACCGCGGGCCCCUGAGGUGGGCCUCGGCUCGGGACGCCGGGAGUGGGACCGUCAGUCAGGACGCCGGGACCAUGGCGCUGCGCGCCCGGGCGCUGUACGACUUCAGGUCGGAGAACCCAGGCGAGAUCUCGCUGCGGGAGCACGAGGUGCUGAGCCUGUGCAGCGAGCAGGACAUCGAGGGCUGGCUCGAGGGGAUCAACAGCCGCGGCGACCGCGGCCUCUUCCCGGCCUCCUAUGUGCAGGUGAUCCGCGCCCCCGAGCCUGGCCCGGCGGGAGACGGCGGCCCGGGCGCCCCGGCCCGCUACGCCAAUGUGCCCCCCGGGGGCUUCGAGCCCCUGCCCGUAGCGCCCCCCGCCUCCUUCAAGCCGCCGCCUGACGCCUUCCAGCCGCUGCUGCAGCCACAGCAGGCGCCGCCUCCGAGCACCUUCCAGCCGCCUGGCGCGGGCUUCCCGUACGGCGGGGGCGCCCUGCAGCCGUCGCCUCAGCAGCUCUACGGCGGCUACCAGGCCAGCCAAGGCAGCGAUGAUGACUGGGACGACGAGUGGGACGACAGCUCCACGGUGGCGGACGAGCCGGGCGCUCUGGGCAGCGGAGCAUAUCCGGACCUCGACGGCUCGUCUUCGGCGGGUGUGGGCGCAGCCGGCCGCUACCGCCUGUCCACGCGCUCCGACCUGUCCCUGGGCUCCCGCGGCGGCUCGGCCCCCCCGCAGCACCACCCGUCGGGGGCCAAGAGCUCGGCCACCGUGAGCCGCAACCUCAAUCGCUUCUCCACCUUCGUCAAGUCCGGCGGGGAGGCCUUCGUGCUGGGGGAGGCGUCAGGCUUCGUGAAGGACGGAGACAAGCUGUGCGUGGUGCUGGGGCCCUACGGCCCCGAGUGGCAGGAGAACCCCUACCCGUUCCAGUGCACCAUCGACGACCCCACCAAGCAGACCAAGUUCAAGGGCAUGAAGAGCUACAUCUCCUACAAGCUGGUGCCCACGCACACGCAGGUGCCGGUGCAUCGGCGCUACAAGCACUUCGACUGGCUGUACGCGCGCCUGGCGGAGAAGUUCCCGGUCAUCUCCGUGCCCCACCUGCCCGAGAAGCAGGCCACGGGCCGCUUCGAGGAGGACUUCAUCUCUAAGCGCAGGAAGGGCCUGAUCUGGUGGAUGAACCACAUGGCCAGCCACCCGGUGCUGGCGCAGUGCGACGUCUUCCAGCACUUCCUGACGUGCCCCAGCAGCACCGACGAGAAAGCCUGGAAGCAGGGCAAGAGGAAGGCCGAGAAGGACGAGAUGGUGGGUGCCAACUUCUUCCUGACCCUUAGCACGCCCCCCGCCGCUGCCCUUGACCUGCAGGAGGUGGAGAGCAAGAUCGACGGCUUCAAGUGCUUCACCAAGAAGAUGGACGACAGCGCUCUGCAGCUCAACCACACGGCCAACGAGUUCGCGCGCAAGCAGGUGACCGGCUUCAAAAAGGAGUAUCAGAAGGUGGGCCAGUCCUUCCGCGGCCUCAGCCAGGCCUUUGAGCUGGACCAGCAGGCCUUCUCGGUGGGCCUGAACCAGGCUAUCGCCUUCACCGGAGAUGCCUAUGACGCCAUUGGCGAGCUCUUCGCGGAGCAGCCCAGGCAGGACCUGGAUCCCGUCAUGGACCUAUUAGCGCUGUAUCAGGGGCAUCUGGCCAACUUUCCGGACAUCAUCCACGUUCAGAAAGGUAAAAGCCUGGCCCUUAGAGCGGGUGAUACGGAGUGUACUGUGCAGGCUGAAAGGGGUGACUUUGACAGCAGUACCACUGUGGGUUUCAGACUCAUACUCUACAGGAGCUCUUACCAAAGUCAAGGAGAGUAGGCGACACGUGGAGGAAGGGAAGAUGGAGGUGCAGAAGGCUGACGGCAUUCAGGAUCGCUGUAACACUAUUUCUUUUGCCACUUUGGCUGAAAUUCACCACUUCCAUCAAAUUCGAGUAAGAGACUUUAAAUCACAGAUGCAGCAUUUCUUACAACAACAAAUAAUAUUUUUCCAAAAAGUUACCCAGAAGUUGGAAGAAGCUCUUCACAAAUAUGAUAGUGUUUAAUGACUGGACAUUGGAUUGUGGACUUCUUCAGUUCAAGGAUAAUUUCUACAGCAGAAUAAAAACUGCUGUCAAAGAGCUAUUGCCAACUAUCAGUGGUGGUACAAGGACGGUUUUGUGUUCAUCUGAAACCCAGCUGAAUUUAUAAUUAUGUAGGAAAUAAACAGUUAAUACGGUUAUAUAAUAGAAACAGUACCACACAUUGUAACUAAAUUAUACUAUGUAUGCCUACACUACCAUUGUAACUUUUGGAAUAAUGAUUAUACUAUUUGCCUUAUUGCUUUUUGAAGUAUGGGUAUUUUAGUGCAUACUUUGUAGACCUCAAAACCCAUGAAGGGUCUCAAAGAAGCUGGCUGGAUAAAAAGCCUGCUGUGGAUGCCUUUUUACUCUCAUAGAUUGGGAUUACCUAAAUUCAACCUAUUCUCUGUUUACAAACUCCAACUAGAGCAGCUAUGCGACCUUGUGCCUUUAGACUCUUGGUUUUUCAUUUCUCCCUAUCCCUUCCCCACCUUUUUAAAGUAAGCCACAGCUUUUCUGAUUGAAAGAGUGAAAGGCCAGUGCAUAUAAUGACAAACUGAUGAUAACCUCAUAUUGGCAGUAGGGGGUGGGGUGGGGUGGGAGGAUCAGCUGUCAUCAAUUUGCACAGCAAGUAUUAUCUCCUGAUAAGAUGCUGGUGAAUGCAGGGGAGUGAGAUUCAUUGCUCAUCUUUGGAUAUGAAGUCUAUUAGGGAAGAAACGGUGCCACUAUUCCCUUAGAUGCAACAGUAGCAUAGCCUCUUCAUCCAGGCUUCCCAAAAGCUUGGCGUGAAGAUUUCAGCAAACAUGUCUUACAACAUGAGGAGGAGGAGUCUAAAUCAGUCAGGGGAUAAAAAUAUCGAAUAAUUGACAACACACCCUUGGCUUUAGUUCUUAGGAGGGUUUUGUUUUUGUUUUUGUUUUUAGCUUGAAGAUUUUCUUUUGAUAUUCAGUUUUUUUAAAAAAAUGGAUCUACACUGUUAACUGAUAGAGACUCCACUGUGAUUCACUCGUUUACUUAAAAACUUUUCAGGGAUGUCUGUAAAUUUCAGUGUUAAUAUGUCAUGAAAAGUGGUGUUGAUUGAUCUAAGGAGGGACCAGAAAUAAUUUUUGCUAUUCCAAAUACUGAAGGAAAAAGAUAAUUGAUUUAUACUAUGUUUAAAAAAAAAAAAAAGGUAUUGAUGAGCUCCCCCCCCAGGACAUUUAACCUUAAAAUUUAUUUUAAAUAUAUUCUUUUAUUAUUAUAAGGGAAAUACAGAUGGCUGAUAAAUACCAAAAAGAUUCAAAAGCAGCUUAAUUUAAAAAGCACAAAGAGAUUCUGGCUUACAGUGCCCCAAUCUCAAUGUUUUUAUAGUUGCUGAGCUAACUAAUGUGAUUAUUGAGUUUACAGAUUUAAAAACUGUCACUGUUAGAGUAUCUACUGUUUUUAUGAAGUCAAACUUAUGCUGCCUCAGAAAUCCCUGGGUACUGAAAUGGUAACAUGGAAGUGAAGAGGUCAUUUUGAAAUAUUGGUGAGUCACAAAGAUUAAAGAAAAGGAUCAGUUUGCAGAUAAUCAGAAAAGGUUAUUGAAAUAAUUACCGAACAGCACAUUUACUCUCUAAAAAGUAGUUUCAUAUGGGUUGUAUUUUUUAGAUCAGAUUAUCAUUUUGAUAUUUGGUCAAAAUUUUGUACCUUAGGUUACUUAGAGCCAGAUUUAACAUCAUGAAUGUUAUGUGGCUUUGUCUUUACUACAGAUAUGUGGAAGUGUAACCAAAUAUAUUGUCUCUAAAACUUGUUGAUUGCAAAAUACAGUUCUAUAAACAAAACCCAUAUGUAUAUAUAAAUGUUAAUUUUGCAGAAGUCUGGAAAUUAUAACUAUAGCAUUUAAGUUUGAGUCUGUAUUGGACAAAUAAGCACCAUGCUUUUCAAAUGAUUUAAAAAUUACUUUUAUUUGCCUCUUUAUUUUGAUGGUGGUUUGAUUUUUUUUUUUUUUAAUAGUAAAAUCACUAAACUUGUGCAAUGGUAGCAUGGAAAUUAUCUGAGGUAUAUUGUAUGAUUGUACUUUAGCCAGGGUGGACAUAGCUUAAAUUAUAAAAACUAAAGAUGAAAGUACAAGGAAGUAUAAGUUAUACUUAUGUAAGUAUAAAUUCAUGCUGCCUACUUCUAAGAGAAAUUUCAUUCUUCAUAACCACAUAACAUUAUAAUGCCACUGAUUCAUAAGGGAUUUACAUUAAUUCUAUGGGGGAGGACACUAGAAUUAUUAGUGUUCAUUUUCAUCUAAGAUCUUUAUUCUCUAACGUUCUUGGUCCUAUUGAAACAUUGCAGUAUGCAAAACUACUGCAAUGUUAAACCCAAGAGAAAAGCCAUUAUCAUGUGUAUGCUGGUCAUCAUGAUCAGUGUGGUACAAUUUUUAAAAAUAAACUAUCAUGCCCUUCA